GAAUGGAUAACAGUAGACUAGAAAUCACGGUAAUCAAAACGGAAGGAUACGUCCAUCUCAAAUCAACUUUACCUUUACUCUUUUUGCAUCUGAAUGAAAUUUCAUAUUAUGGCACUACUCAUCGCUUUCUCGCUGUUUUUGAUGUUGAGCAAUGUGUGUUUUUCGGUUGAGUCGUAUGAGCUGGUUGUGGCACCCUCAGGUGAAGUUGCAGCGCAAGGGUCAAUGAAAGAAAUAAACACUGUCGCUAGUUUCACCUUCGAUAUAACGGUGGAGAGGGAUGGACUUGCAAGUGCAGAAAGUGAUCGCGAAGUUGUAGUGCAGUAUUGGAAGGAGGAUCAGGCAAAAGCGUCAGGCAAGUCGAUCAGUUGCGCAGAUAACAACUCGUGUAAGACAGUAAUUUGCACGGGAGGACCAAUAUAUAACGUCUUUAAUGAAAUCGAAUACUUUGUUGAUUGGUGCGGACAUUUAUUUUUUGAUGUGGUCAUAGAGGAUUGUACAUUCUACAAUAACACCAUAGACAAAUCCACAUUCUCAGGAAAUUUCAAAAUGUCCACUUUAACAAUACGAAAUUGUCAACUAAACACGAUCGUCGAUAAUGCUUUCAAGUACCAAUCUGUGAAUAAAUUGAUGAAUAUAACAUUUGAUGGUGUGCAAUUGAAAGCGUUGAACCCGCAAACAUUUAACGGUUUGGAAGCGGUGAAGAAUUUCAAACUAUUCAAUGUGCUAACACAAACAACUUCGCCCUUGAAUGCCAACAACUUCUUGCAACCAAUGGCUGCUACUCUCAGCAAUUUAGUGUUGCAACAAACAGAGGAGUCCAAUACCAUAUACGAUCCCACCGCAUGGUUGGAUGGUACGAGCACUAUCGUCUAUAGCAAACUGUUGUAUGUGGACUUGAGUGGCACGAAGUUUAACGAUACACUUAACGGUAAUACAUUCGCCAAAUUGGCAGUGGUGCAAGAACUUCGGCUGGCCAAUUGCAGUCUGAGCACAAUCGCCGAAAACGUUUUCAAUGAUAUUUUGUCAACACUAAAAUCACUGGAUUUGCGUUAUAAUCGAUUGCAAACGUUGGAUGGUAAAUUUCUAGCCACUGUCAUUGGAAAGGGAAUAAACAUAGAAUUCGGGUGGAAUUUGUGGAGCUGUAAUUGUGAUAAUGUGGAAAUCAUUGAGUACAUGAAGCAAGUAGAAAAUAACUCCGCGGCAGAGACGGUCUGUGCAACACCAACAGAAUUACACGGUGUGCAAAUCGGAAAUGCGCAAAUGAGAUGUGUGGAUGACACAACGACUCUUAAAACGACUAUACCAGCCAAAAGCACCACUACAGCCGUCACUUCAGAAACGACAACAAUAAUGACAACUACUACGUAUGAAACCACCAUAGAAACUACUGAAUCUGAUCCAGAAACUCAACCAAUAUCUUCUACAACUACAAUCAACAGCUCGACCACGAGUUUAUCACCUGCAACAACUACAAUGACGACAACUGCGGAUGAUACUACUGUGGAAACAACAGAGUCUAGUCGAAAGACUUCACCAACUCCUACAACCCCGAUCAACAACUCAACUUUGCCGACUUUAUCGCCGGCAACAACUACAAUGCUUACAACUUCGGAUGAUACUGCUGAGGAAACAACAGAGUCUAAAACUCCAAUCAACAACUCAACUACAGAGGAAACAACAGAGUCGAGUUCAAAAACUUCACCAACACCUUCCACAUCCGCAAUCAAUAACCCAACAACUACAGUUGAUAAGACAGAGAAAACAACAACGUCCAGUCCAAUGGCUUCACCAGAAACUUCAUCAACUUCAGUCAGUAACUCAACUUCGUCGCCUGUAACAACUGUAAUGCCGACAACUGGUACUACUGAAGAAACAACGGGGUCCAGUCCAAAAGCUUCACCAACACCUUCUACAACUGCAAACAACAACUCAACCACUAAUAAAAUUACAGAAUCUAGCACAAAAUAUUCACCUUCCACAACCGCCAGCAACAACCCAACAACUACAGUUGAUAAGACAGAGAAAACCACAACGUCUAGACCAAAGACUUCACCAACUCCUUCUACAACUCCAAUUAACAAUCCAACCUUUUCGACACCAACAACAACUAUCUAUAGCACCACUUUAUCGACUUCCUCGGGUGCAGUAAGUAUUCACCGAUGGCACUGGUAACAACUGAACUUGAAGUGGAGUUUCUAAUUUGAAUAUGUGUUAUAUCUUAAAAUGGUGUUAGGCAAACUUUCUUCCAAAAUGUUAACCAAUUUGAACUAUUCUUUAGAAAUAUUGAAACUAAUAUAAAUAUAUAUAAUAUAU